AACUUUUUCCAUUACUGUUUUUGUUGUUUCUGAUUUGUGUGUGCUUUAGUUUCGUGCUUGCGUGGUGUGGUUUUGUGUUGUUCUGAUAAUGGUUAGUUGGAGUUGCGUGAACACAUGGGUUUGUGUUGUGUUGCGUUUAACAGAUUGAUUCUUCUUCUCUUCUUUAUGCUAUGUUUGGUUAAAAGGGGAAAAAGAUGAAAGAAGAGGGAGGAUUUUGAAAUUUUAACUAAAGAGGCCGAGGGGAUUUCAAGUUUGAGCCGUUGUUCUGACUUUGCUCCUUUAAUAAUGUAUUUAGUAGAACUGGCUUCGAUGCAUUUCGUUUGUUUUGUCACGAGAUGGUGGAGUUGUCUCUAACAAUUUUUCUUUGCCUGAUACUAGCUACGAAAUAUGGAUCUUCCAUCUCCUUCUUGUUGACAUUUGUGGUUGUUAAUUGAAACUUUUGAAUUUCGCAAAUGCUAAUGAGCCCCGUGGGAACAAGGGAAAGUAUUAAAUGAAUACGAAAGUGGUAUGUUGCCAACUUUUAGUGCUGCAUUUUGUUUGAGAAUAAUUCUAAAUUCCCUUACAUAACUCUACAUGCUUUGUAUGGUAAGCAUUUAUUAUUUUUAUGAUUCUUAAACUAAGUACAUUUAUUAUUGUAGUUAAUAUUUUCUUUAUAACAUUUUAGGAAGAUAUAUAAGGGCAUUUACUUUGCUGGAUCAUAUCUAUGAUCUUAAGUUUAAGAUAUAUAAGACUUUCCCAUUAAAACGUUGGCAUGACAUAAAAUUUAAGACCUUAAGUCAUAAGAAUAAAAAAAAUGUUUUGAAAACAUCAACAAUACAAUAAAACAUUAAUUAAAGUGGGGGUUCAAGAGGGCAUCUUCAUUGUAGGGGUCAUAGUCAUAAGUUUACGACUUGGAUCUUGUAAGACCUACAUUGGAGUGUUUGGACAUGAUAUAAAAUUGAAGACCCUGAGAUAGUUUAGAAUUGAAGGUUUAAGGUUUUAGGAAAUAUAGAGAGUUAAUUCUCUAAGGAAACAAAUCCCUGUACUUAUGGGAUGAUUUUUAAAUACAUAAUCCUAAUAUUCAUAGCAAGAUACAUAUGUAAUAAAGAAAAAAAAAUAUAGCAAGGAUAAAAUAAAAAACUCCCUUAAGUACACAAUAGCAAUUUAUGUCUAUAAUGACUUCUAAAUUGUUGGUCCUCUAUUGGUUUAGGAAUUUUGUCUUUUGUUAAUGUAUACCAAUCUUGUAUAUUUUUUUAAUAAAAAAACUCAUGCUAGGUAUUACUAUACACACUUUGACAUCUCAAUUGUGCUGACACCUCAAAAUACAUCUAUCAUUUGCCAUCACAUGAAAAAAUAUUAUUAAAAGGAAUAAUGAAUCAUGAGGAGAAUAGACCAAAAACAUGAUCAGAAAAUACAAGACAAGCUUCAAUAGAAGCUAAACAUCCCUAUACAUAGGAAGCUGGAUGCCAAUCUUGUAUAUUGUAUGAUAGCUAAGUCAUGUCUUGUGUCUAGAAAUUGCCAUAUUUGUGUGUUUGUCAUAUUGAAUAUGGGUCUUGUGUCAUAUCUAAGCUAAGGCUUCAUUAAAAGCAUGUUACUGGGUUUGCUGUUUGGCCCAUUCUAUCGAGGCCCAUGAAGUACUUCAAAAUAAGUAUUUAAAGGGAAAAAAUUCCUCUUCCUUACAUAUGUAACUUUACUUGUCUAAACAAUGAAGUGAUAUAUGGUUAAGUGGAGGAAACCUUGGUUAGGUCUUCUACAAUUUUGUGAAUCUUCAAGAAGGUUUUAAUCUCUAGUAAUGGAUUUAAGAGGAAUUGAUGGACAUGCUGUAUGUGAAGGUCCAAUUGAGCAGGUGGUCAGAACAGAAACUAGAGAAGCUGAAGAUUUAUUGAAAAAAUUGGAUAUUCUGAGUCCUUCUUUGUCAAGAAAUUCAGCCCGUGGAAUAUUUUGCUCCCGGUCCCUCAAUCUAAGGUCAAUUAGUGCCAUUGGAUAUGACAUGGACUAUACCUUGGUGCAUUAUAAUGUGAAGGCUUGGGAAGGGCGGGCCUAUGACUACUGUAUGGAAAACCUCAAGAAAAUGGGUUUCCCUGUGGAUGGACUUACAUUUGAUCCAGACCUGGUUAUUAGAGGUCUUGUCAUAGAUAAAGAGAGAGGUAAUUUGGUUAAAGCUGAUCGAUUCGGUUGUAUAAAAAGAGCUAUGCAUGGAACCAAGCUGUUAUCUACUCAUGCUGUGAGGUAAGUGUGCUGAGCAUCGUGACUUUUUUAUUAUAGAAAUUCAUAG